UGUCGUUCGAGCGCGUCGCGAAUCGAGUGUUCUUCUCUUAACCCUUUCCUUCGAUACUUUUCAAACUGAUGAGAUAAAAUAAGCUACAUGGUAAUGCAACGAAGAAAAGUGAAAAUUAUGCAAACGGGUCAGCGUCGUUCUUUUCCUUGACUCUUUCUUAUACACUGACGUCGUUCUUCCGUUCAUAAUAUGUGGAACCGCAAAGUGUUUAUCAGAAUUAUCGAAGUGAUACUUUGUAUUGCCUGUGUGGUGGCACUUAGGGUGACUAAUGACGAGAGUCGAAGGGUGUUCCAUUAUUUGAGAAGUCGUAGCAGAGAGUGGUCACUGUUAAACAAUGUGACGUGGGGUGCAAUAGGCGCCGCUCUUGCAACAGCAACUUGCGGUGGUUAUAUAAUAGUCACAACUGGUCUUCUUAUUGCUGCUGCGACAGGGGAACUUAAUGGUCGAAAAACGGAGCUGUUCUUUCUUGGAUUGGGGGUUAUUCUUUUCGGCAUUGUUGGGGCUUUGUCUAUGGCGUCUAUAGAAAAUGUCCCUGAAGAUUUGGUAGAUAAUGCUGCGGUUUUUGGGGCACUGUGUUUAUUGACUGCGCUAGUUUUUAUCGCUGAUUUAUUAAUGAGCACUCCCAAGAAGAAGGAUAAAGAAGGGAUGAAGGAACACUUGACUGAUAAGAGAGAGAAACGGCAAAUAACCACCUUAAGCACUGAAAAAGAAACAAAGUCACCGAAAGUUAGUCCAAAAAUCUCCAAAAAGGACGACAACGGUAACAUCAACGAUGGAUUCGAUAAAGUAGAGGAACAGCAUCAAAAGAGUGCGGUUCAACAGGUGUCUGAAGAUCCUCGAAGGUGGGAAGAUCAUUCUUCAAAUCAACGUACCAAAGACACUUAUGGAGAUGAUGAAAAUGACAAUUUCAAUCGAGAUAACAGAGAACAGAAAGAAUAUACUCAAAAUUUUGAAAAUGGAAAGGCUCUUAGAAACUCGCAAAUGUAUCGAGACUCUGAGAGGCAAAAAGGUGCUAACAGAGAUUCUUAUAAAAUGAUGCACAGAAUGGAAAUGCCUACAGUGGUGUACAAAGCUCAUGAUAUUUAUCAACGUCCUGUUGAUGAAGUGGAUACACCUCGAUUCCCGAUUGAAAGUAAUAGCAGGGGUGAAACGAUGUUCGCGAAAAUGAUUAAUCCCGGGGUGAAGAUCAUGAAAGUUGAACAUGACGUCGAUGAAGCUACGUUUGAUGGAUACAGAUACUCUGACACAAGUCAAUACGACAAUGUACCAAUUCGAAUGAAAAAAACUUCGCCCAAGAGUCAAAGAAAGAAUAGAGAUGUGUCUUUCAAUGUACCACCUCCACCAAAGGGUUAUGAAAGAGAUAUUGAAAGAACCAAAGAUGAAAUUGAAAUGCUCGAAGAAUGUUUUAGUUCGCUCAGAACUACAACUACUGGGACCCAAACGCCUAAUGUGAGAACACCCUCAACUCCAACUGAUCCUGGAUACGUUCGACAUACAGCUAGCAAUUGGCCACAAGAGACGAAAACGAAAACACCAGGUUCUAGUCCUAGUCACACCAGAAAGUGAUUGAAAUUCAAUUCAAAUUAAGUUUCGAGGUGCUAAUCGUAUGAGAGAAAUUAUACACUGAUUCUUGAGCUUAGAAAUAAGCUAAAUUGGUUGAAUUUUGUAUUUUUAUAUAUAUUAUAUGUUUCAAAAUUUCUUUUUUAAUUUUAGUGCUAGAAAUCCAAUUGCAUUUUUUGCAAUUAUACCCUUGAAUAACUUAAAAGAAUCAUAAGUAUUAUGUUUGAGGCCUUCCUCAAUUUAAUAUUCCAUUCUUGUAAAUAGUAAAAUUUAUAAAAAUCUUAACAUUUCUAUAAAUAUUUAUCAGAAAUUCAAUAACAUUUGUUCUUCACUGCCUGUAUUAUUAAACAAAUAUAUAAUAAUUUUCAAUAUAUCCUAAUUAGAAGUUAAAAUAUACUCUUUUGCUAUCAAA